AUGGCUACUCAUAUGGCUGCUAUAGAAGAACGAAUGAACACCAGAAUAGCCGAGUCAAUACUUACCUCGCCAGCUCACCAAUCCACUCAGCUAGCCACUCAGCCAGUCACUCAGCCAAUCACUCAGUCAGCUACUCAGCCAGCCACUCAGCCAAUCACUCAGCCAGCCACUCAGCCAGCCACUCAGCCAGGCACCCAGCCAAUCAGUCAGCUAGCCACUCAGUCUGAUACUCUACAAGAGGAGGAGCAAGAGGAGGAACUACAACAGGCAAAUGCGGAGAAGACUACGGAGAACACUGUGGAGAACUGCAGAGAAACCAAGCGGCAGCAAGGCUCCCAUCACCAAGCACAUGGCUCAGCUCUCCACGAUCCCGCGUCAAGUCAUCACUCAGCAAAUGGAGAAUACCACUACAAUCUGGCCUGCUAUCUCUGCAUGCCUGGGCAAUAUCACAUUGUGGUACAUCACUGCAAUGAGCACACAAGAGAAGGAUCUACUGCGUCGAUCACAGCCAAUUGGACCUCUGCAGGAAAGGGUCACCUAUCGGACGAUGCAUAUUUGGGAUGCUUUUAA